GGUCGCUGCUUUGUUGCUCGCUGCCUUCUGCCUUUGCUGUGGAAGACUGUGGAAGACCCAUAAAACGUAAACUUGGAAAGCAUCGCUUGUAAAUUGUAGUCUUACUUGAGUCAGAGAUGGUGGUGUAAAGGUACGAAAACGGUUAUUGCUGCGAGACCGGGAACUCCUCCAAGAAUAUCUUUCACAAGAACGACUGGUUCAACCUGUUACUGAUUAGUUUAGAAGAAGCAUAAAGUACAGUUCAAUGACUAGAUAAAAUUUGGCGAACGGACUUAAAUUGUACAUGAUUGAAGGAGACGUUUCAACAACCUUGAGAACAACAUCGUUCCACAGAAAGUUGCAAGUGUGAAUUAGCUUUUUAAAGGUACAGCCUAAAAUUAAAAGUUUGAGGGUGAUAAAAAUCUUUAGGAGUGACAGCUGUCAUCUGUUUUGCAUUGUACGUGUGUUCCUUGGUUUUGGAUAUAAGUACUUGACCUGUGUGCAUUUCAAUUUUCGAAUACUAGUUAUGCUCGAGUUGCUCUUAUUUACCAUUGAUAAGAAAUCACUGGCAGUCAAGAAGAAUAAGAAAAUUUAAAGGGAAAGGAGUUUCCAACAAUUACGUUUCCAAAAAGUUUACAAUCCAAUUUCAGCAUUGCCUGAUGCAACAAUAAUGAGGAGCUGUAUCUAAUGGUUCUUAAAGCGAAACUAAUCAACAACAUAUAAAAACAAUACCUCCUAUGGUGCCGUAAAAGUAUUUUAUGCUGCAGCUCGAACUGUAAAUAACUAAAUGAUUUGAGAAAUGUCAGCAUCAAGACACACGAUGGCUCUAAAUUUUGCGGAUGUCAUAAUGAGGGUGCCUCCCUUAUUUAUCAUUGAUGAACUGCUUAGAAUUGGCUUAGACCUUCCUACAGGAGAAACCGUGACAUUGAAAAAUACAGAACAUCGAUUUAUAGGAAUGGAUGCUCCAGACACUAUUGUUGAUUCCUUUGUUAGUGUUUCCUCCGAACCAUUUCUAAUGCAACUCUUCAAUUUUAAUCAAUAUUUCUACCAAACAUAUUUAUUGAUGAUCCUUAAGCUGAGUGCUUGCUGCAUAGGCUCUGCGGCAGCGCUAUGUGCUUUUAUGUUAUGGACGAAGCACCUUAUCAUAGUCUACUUGUACCUGAUAUCCAUAGUAGUGAUAUUCAUUUCGUAUUGGUCGAACGUCAGCACAAUGAAAGCUAUAAUUUUAUACGGAAGCUCCCACGAAACAGCUACCAGCAUACUCGAUGACAUACUGGGCUUGAAUUUCACGCAAGUCAUGAACUACGGUCCUGGAUUAGUGGUAGUUGAGAAUUAUAUACUGCAAUGUAUGUUAGCCAGCAUAUUCUGUUACGUACAUCUGGCUCCAAGAUAUGCCAUAAUUCAGAAACUUCUGGUUGUCAGCUUUAUGGCGCCGUCAAUACUUGGAAUCCAUCCGCUACCGACUUCCGUUCUGUAUCACGCACCGGUAUUCGCCACGUUACUUCCUUUAGCCGUAUCAAAGUUUGUUAUCUGGUACAACGGCGUCACUAUGUUGAAGACAAUCUACCUAGGUUAUCAGCAUGCGCGUAACUUUAUAAGUAACUACGGUCUUUCAGCACUCGCUGAAACCGAGUGGAGCCGGCUGAACGUUCCGUUAGUGUUCCGUACGUUUUGGAUGCUUCGCUUAGGCGAGCAAGUAAUUCAGAUAUUAGGGACUCACUAUGGCGAAGAGACGUUCACUUAUUACGACAUGAUUAAAACCCUCUUGGUCAACGGUUGUGAGACGUUGAUCGCGGUUCUUGGUAUGACAAGCAUAGUCUCACUUAUCUGUCACUACAUAGGCUGCUUCUUUCAAUGGGUGCUACUUACCGAAGAUGGUGAAAAAAGUAUUGGAACUGUAUCCGCCAUAUUGUUUUAUAUCCUCGCUCUUCAGACAGGUUUAACUGGUCUCGACAGAGAGAAGCGUCUAGUUCGACUCUGUCGUAAUUUCUGCCUUCUCUGCACGGCGGUGUUGCAUUUCGUUCAUAACAUCGUAAAUCCGCUUCUAAUGUCGCUGAGCGCGUCGCACAAUCCUGCUCUUCACAGGCAUAUUCGUGCUCUCUCAGUUUGCGCCUUCCUCAUUCUAUUUCCGGUAUCUCUUCUCGUCUUUCUCUGGUCCCAGUCGACCGUGAGCACAUGGUUGCUCGCUGUAUCCGUAUUCAGUAUCGAAGUCAUCGUCAAGGUGCUAGUAUCAUUAGCAAUCUAUUCACUGUUUCUAUUCGACGCGUAUCGCAGUGCAUUUUGGGAACAACUCGAUGACUACGUAUACUACAUAAGAUCGUUUGGUAACACAGUAGAUUUCGCCUUUGGCAUCUUCCUAUUCUUCAAUGGAUUCUGGAUACUAGUCUUCGAAUCCGGUGGCGCUAUACGCGCAUUUAUGAUGUGCAUCCACGCAUACUUCAAUAUCUGGUGCGAAGCCAAAGCUGGUUGGAGCGUCUUUAUGAAGCGCAGAACAGCUGUGAACAAGAUAAAUUCCUUACCGGAAGCAAAGGUCGACCAGCUUCGAAGUCUCGAUGAUGUUUGUGCCAUCUGCUAUCAGGAGAUGCAAAACGCCAAGAUAACUAGAUGCAAUCACUACUUCCAUAGCGUGUGCUUGCGCAAGUGGCUCUACGUUCAGGACCGUUGUCCUCUUUGCCAUGACAUUUUGUAUAAGGUCGAGAAUCCCAACGCGAAUAAAGACAGUGUCGCUUCCGGCACCGAGCAGGAGAGAAGCAACGAGGAGAAUCCCUUACUUCCUGGGCAGAAUGAUGAUGCGCGACAGAAUCGUGAGAUCCAGCCGAAUCGUUUAGACUCACCUAAUUACAUGCAAUAUGCGGAACAGCUUAACGAUGAUAGGUGAAGUCGAACGUAGCUACAUUGUGAUAUAAUGAUAUAUAAAUAAAUUGUUACGUAUAUGAACUUUAAUUAUUAAGGGAUUGAUCUCCAGAUUCUCGUUUAAAUUCGUAGCUUCGUCUGGUCGCUCAAAAAGUUUUAGCGAUUUGGUGGUACUGCAUUAUUUCAAAAUCGUUGAUUCCUGACGAAUUUGAAAACAAUCUGCCGCAAUGGUCCAGAAUAUCACGCCUAUGAGAGCACACGCUUCUGUGUGUUUCACAGAGACUUAAGUAGAUAUUUUUUAAUUCCACUAUAUGCGGGUUCUUGUUAUAUAUAUAUAUAUAUUUAAUCUUUGAAUGCCAUUGCUCACUUUGUGAAUGAACUCUGUUUUUUCAUGAGUUAACAAAAUUACGCUUAUUUUUGCUGUGGAAUGCAAAGGAAUUAUCGAUGCAUUCGAUCAAUUUUUCGUAUCAGCCUUCCAUUUUUUUGUUGGUUAAGCAGCAUAUCUGGUAUUAAUAUUUAAAUUGUUUUAUAUUUUUUUUUUCCCCCACCUAAAUUUGUGUAUCCAUCUAUAUUCUGUUUGUGACGUCUGCCGGACGCAUACAAGUGUAUUCAAAAUUUUAUGUACAAAUAUCUUCAAUACUAUGGCAAUGUAUGUUGCGUUUUACGUUAAUGUAAGAUUUUUCAAAAGUAUAUUUUUUUAUGCUUCCAUAAUUUUUUCAAAGAAGAUACUUCAAGUAUCUUCCGUAUAAAAUAACGUAAUGAGUUAUUUACAUAUAAUAUUACGAGAAUAAUGGGAAUUUUUCUCUUUUAAAUGCACGUAUCGCUUUGAAAUUAUUCAUAGUGAAUGGAUACAAAAAUUUAAAUUUACUUAAUCAUCCGAUCACUCGCCUUAUAAAAUUGAUCGAAUUGAUUUCGGUUGUCACGCAAAUCAAAAGGUUUUUUUUUUUCGUCUACUCGAUUUUCUUCUAUGUUACGUAUGAGUGUUUCAUAAAAUCGUACUUAAUACUUAUUGCGCUAAUAUUCGAUAAGGGCGCUACUUAAACUUCGUUAAAAAAUGCCGUGCAGCUAACUGGGGAUUACGAACGGCCAUCUGGAACUUCCAAUCAAAAAUUCGUAAAAUACACGGCAUUGAUGCAUUAUCUAUCGAACUCGAGUGCACGGAGAUUUGUGUGAGUGUUAAAAUUACUGAAAUGGCAUUUUCGUAAAGAGUAAUUGCAAAGUAAAGAAGUGAGAUGCAUGUAAAAAUUUUGGCAAAAGUAUCUUUCACGGUAAAAAAAAUGCAUGCCACCUGGCACCUUCAUUUGUCAAUUAUAUCGCAAAAAAGUAUCAUGCAAGUGUAGCUUGAAAAAAUCAGCGCGCACUCCGUUUGCAUCAGAAUUUAUUAUUACAUUCAUAUACAUUGCGAUAUUUCAUUUUUGAGGUUAGAAGGUACUCUUUGGUUUCCUCAAAUAAUUUUUGUUGUCAUAUACCGGCGAUACUAUUGUAACGGACGAAAUUGCGUAACUACAAAGUGCAAAAAUUUCCCGUCUUCUAAAAUCUCGAUAUCGAAGAAAAACGAUUUCAGAAAAUACAUUGAUUAUAAUAAUUUUCUAAAUAACUAUUGCAACCGUCUAUAAUAGCACGUAACCGAUUAUUAAUUCCAGACUAGGUAAGGGUUUAUUUAAAGUAGAAUAUGUAAAAAAAGAUUUAUCGAGAAAUGAUAAUGGAGAGGCUGUACAUUUUUUCUUAUAAACAUUGCAUUCCGUUUUCGCCCAAACGGCGAAUAGAAAUAACGUGCGUUUCAAAUGGGGUUCAAAUCCUCGUAGCAACUGAACGGAUGGCGCAAGACUAUCAUUUUAAUGUUCGAGUCAGCAAAAGUGAUCGAAAAAAAAGUUUACCUGUUAUCAGAAACAGUGGUAUACGAAGGAUCAAUCUGUUUUCCACUUCGCGUAGAUUAUUUGGAAAUGAUGUAUAUAUCGAUUGUAAAUGAAAGAGUAAUUAAUUUCGUAUGACUUAUUUUAUGUUGAAAAAAUAACUAUGUUCAAAUAACAACAUCUACCCGGAUGGAUACUGUGAGCUUGAAAUCAAAAGUAAUGUUCCAAAAAAAAAGAAAGAAAAAAACUGGUCUACUGUCAAAAUUACCGUAUCCAUCUAACGUAACACGCUGUCUGAGUGAGCAUGAAAAAGAUGAUGCAUUGUAAAAAUUAAUUUUACAUCGAUGCACCAACCGGGUGAAGAUUUAUUGAAUCCGGAUAGGAGUAACGUGUGGGGUUGAAAUAAAAUAGUGAUAUAAUUUAAAAAAUAAUUUAUGACAGGGUCGUAAAUGGUCAAAGGUCUACGGGAUCUUGAACUAAUUAAGAAGGUGCAAGCAAGCUCAAAAAUGUAUAAUUCAAGGAAAUAGUAAAGAAAUAUGUGCAACGCAAACUUCAAUAACAAGCAUCGUAUCCGAUAUGACCAAUUUUGGAGUAUCGAUCAAAACAUGAUAAAAGUUGACACGUAUAUCUUAAUUAUUUCCAAAAGCGUAUAUGUAAUCAUGAGAGGCCUGGGACUCUGGUACGUCUCUCUGAUACACUUACUGUAAGUUAAAACUAAUUAUUCCAUAAGUAAAUGUUUUAAUGACGAUAUCAUAUUUUACUAAUAGAAGAAUGAAAAAGCAACAAAAAUAUUCAAUAAACGUUAUAUUUUCAAAGAGA